AGGUUGGUCAGUCGGUUGCGAAAUCUUGGCAAGAAACAUGAAAGCUAUAGUCGCUCUUCUCGGAAUUGUGCUGUUCGCCAUUGCUGGAGCGAUGGGUACUCCUGUUGUAGUUGGACUGCCUCUUCCGCUGCCAAUUGGCGUGGGAUUCGGAAUACCACCGCCUCCACCACCACCUCCACCUCCACCACCUCUGUCGUACGGAUACUAUUCGUACCCCCAGUACCACCACCAUCAUCAUAAUCAUGGAUAUGGCUACGACUACGGAUAUGGAAACUAUGGAUAUUGAGAAACCACUGAGUGGGAGUGUAGAACAUUAUGGAAUGUUUUUUUAUAAUUUAUUAAACUAUUUAUACAUAAAUGGAGGUUGUUGAAAUAUUGAAUUUGAGAUGAAUAAGCUAAAACAUGUUUGCUUUAGGUGUACAAACAUUAAUCAUUUAAGUACUAUGAAUAUAUAAAAUCAGUGGCUUUUUCGAAAAAUUGAUAAAAGCUCAGCUUGGUUUUUCCCACAAAGUAAACUUUCCAAAAUAGUUUUUAUAGA